AUGCCUACAAUAGGCGAAUUGUUAUGGCACAAUAACAUCUCCGGUGCCCGGUUGGCGCAGAUGGGGGCCGCGUCCGUCGUUGCGAGUGUAUGCGUCGCUGUAUUUUAUGUCUCAGAGAAUUGGCACAUCCCUACUUUUGCAUGGCAUCCACUCCUGGUCACCCUCGGCCUCUUUUUCCUGGUACAAAGCAUACUUAUCCUCCAGCCCACUAGGGCGCAAGCGGAAAAGAAGCUCGGGCUACAGUGGCACCAAAUUCUCAUUUUGUGCGCUGGUCUGCCGAUGAUGACUAUGGGUGCAUGGAUUAUAUGGCACUUGCACAGUCUACCCGGCCAGAAGCACUUUAUCUCUUGGCACGGCCUACUCGGUUUCUGUAUCAUCAUGCUACUCUGGCUUCAAGUUCUUUUUGGUGCCUCGACUUUGUACUGGAAGAAUGUUUUCUAUGGCACAGAGUCGCGCGCCAAGGCCAUGUGGAAAUAUCAUCGCAUGAGUGGAUAUACAUUGUGCGCGCUCCUUCUAGUAGAGCUUGUUCUGGCCUUUUGGGAAGUUCAGUGGAUGAAGAAAACAGGAGGACUUCCCCUGGUGGCUUUUACGACGGCCAUGGUUGUGGUCACGUCAUAUGGCAUCGCAAACCGCGUUGACUUGUCCAAAUGGGGAUUCGGCAGUCCAUAA